GACACCUUGAUACCCUCUCUAACAGGGCGCACGUGUACUCAGGCAGAACGUGAUCUCCGCGCUUUGCCCGCUGAUGAGGCUUCUCUCGAAUUUACAGCUUCAACGAAGGUCUGUGGUCCGCUUGCAGAACAGAUAAAACAGCAAACGCAUGAGCUGCCGUGUGACGAUGCCGUACAAGAAGCACAGCAAGAGGCGCGCAGAGAGAAGAACGAGUACCUGAAGUCUAGAUGCGCGGAGGUGAAAAGCUCUCUACCUGUUAAUAUGCUAAGAGCAGUGGACCUUGCUACUCAGGAAGGGGCUUCAAGCUGGCUUACCGUUCUGCCAUUAAGAGAGAUGAGCUUUGAUCUCAACAAACGAGAAUUCAGAGACGCUCUAGGAUUGAGAUACGACUGGGAGAUCCCCGAGACACAAUCUAUCUGCGUUUGCGGGGACACAUUCGACGCAGAUCACGCAAUGAUUUGCAAGAGAGGCGGGUUUGUAAUCCAACGCCACAACGAGCUGAGGGAUUUGGAGGCGGAAUUGCUGAGUCUGGUGUGUAAAGAUGAGCAAACGGAGCCUGUUCUACAGGACAUCACGGGAGAAGAGCUUAACAAGGGAGCUAACACCGCUCGAGACGCACGACUGAACAUUGUAGCAAGAGGUUUCUGGGAGAGGCAGAGGCAGGCAUUUUUUGAUGUACGAGUUUGCCAUGCUAAUGCUGAAUCCUAUAGAGACAUGAACAUUGACCAGAUAUUUAGGCAACAUGAAACAGAAAAGAAGCGUCAGUACGCUACUAGAAUGUUAGGAAUAGAGCAGGCCACUUUCACACCAUUAGUGUUUGGCUCGACAGGGGGAAUGUCAAGCGAAUGCCAACAGUUUCACUCCAGGCUAGCGGAGCUCAUUGUCGAGAAGAAGGGAGAAUUAUACUCAACAACCGUGUCCUGGAUCCGUGCAAAAGUUUCGUUCGCCAUUUUAAGACCUGCCCUUCUGUGUCUACGUGGUUCAAGGAGCCCAAGGCGAGCACAUGUAAAUAUAUAUGACAAUGACUUUGAAAUUCAGAAACAGAGCAAAUAUUUUUCAAAUGUAUUUUUGUAGUUGUUUUUUUA